AUGAUUGCAUUCCAACCCAUUGUGUCACAGAGGGUUUUCAAGCGCAGAGCUCUCGCCUUGGCUGAAGACCUGCGUGAAUCAUUUGGAGCAGAUUUACAGGUGGAUCUUAAUCUGGACAAACCAAGACGAGGAACGUUUGAGUGCACUUUAUUCAAAGAAGAUGAUUCUGAAGUCCUGGUUUGGACAGGUAUUAAGAAAGGACCACCAAGAAAAUUGAAGUUUCCUGAGUCGGAAGAAGUUGUGAAGGCGAUAAAAAAAGCUUUGCAGUAGAGUUUUUUAUGUAGUUUCAAUCACGUUUUCAGUCUCUUGAAUUUUGUUUGUGUGUAGCAUUUAAAAGGCUUGUUGUCUUGACUCUUUUUGUGAGGGAGUAUGACCUGUUUUCAAGUGUGUAUGACGGAUAGUGUACACAAAGGGAGGUAACUCCUGUAUACAUCCUGAUGAUUUCCACUUCUUACAGAGUUGUACACGUGCACAAAAUGGUGUAGAGUUAACAGGCCUAGUUGUAAUAGAUGUAAUUAAUUUUAGAAACAAACUACUACUGUAAAACCUGUUCUAUCCAAAUAUCACUGUAUUUAUAUACCAACUCAGACUUGAUGGAUUGGCACAUCUCCCUAUAAAAGUAAAGCCUGAUUUGAGCAGGGCCAUCACAAGUACAACUACUGGUUAACAUCAUAUCUACAAGGUUUUUUUCUGAUCCCAUUUUGGAGAAAAUGUAUUACCAUAAACUAAAUGUUUGUUUUUUAAGAUGUGGAUGUUGGCUAUGUUUCGUUCUAGGCUCAGUAGAUAUAGAUAUGUCCAGUCUGCUUAAGGAUUAAUAUCCAUUAAUGUAGGUUCUACAAUAACAUUGCGUUGUCUAAACUUUUUUGGGAGAAGGGACCAAGCACUUCAAGUACCAUUGUUUCAAACUAUCCUAUUCAUCAUGUUAGAUUUACUUCUAAUGCAAUAUAUAAUAUGUGGAGUAGCAUCUAACCGUAGGGCUAGGAUGUGUUGUUAAGAUUGUUUUCAUGUUAUGUAUUUUUCUAGCAGUUUGGAAUGAAUCACAUAUAACACCUGCUUUGAUAUCUCUAGGAACUUCGUUAUAUUUUGUACAUACCGUUUAUACAUGUUAGUGUGUAAAUAACCUGUCAUUGCAAUUUGGCUGACCUGUAUCAUUUCUUUGUGGUCAUCAUGGGACAGGUUUUGUCUAGACUGGUGUUGCACAAGGUACAGUGAUAUUGUUGUAAACUUAUAAUGACCAAGCUGACUUCUUAAGUCAUGAAUUCAUUAGGAAUCACAUUGGUGGAAUUAUCAUUCUCAGUGGUUGACUGAGGGAGCACAGGUAUUCCACUUUUGAUCUGAAAUGUGACAGGUGCUGUCCUUCCUGAAAUGAUAAUCACAGUGCUAGAAGCAGAGGAUAGGGAAGCGGCGUCAUUUGGGCUGGUUCAGCUCUGCCUGUUGGGUAGCUGUAGUUAUGACGGUGGCUGAGCAGACACCUAUCGGUGCCUUAUAAGUUUACAGCUUGCCAAAGAGGAUGGAUGUCUGUCUAGUUUUAAUUUUAUCAUCUUGGGUUAUGGACCCACAGCCUGAGCUGCCAUUUCGAAGCAUAUGGAUUUAGACAAAGUGACCUUUAUUGGUUCCACAUAGAUGGGACAACUAAAACAUUUCAUUGCAGCCAGCAGCAACCUGAAGAGACUCUUGCCCUGAUAUUCAGAGAUUUUUUUAGCUCACCUGGCCCAAAGUUCCAUAAGGCCCAGGGUCAAGAUAUUUCCUCAUUAAAAUGACCUUGAC